ACGAAAAAAAGUAUGAAGCUCACAGUUUAGAGUCACUGUCAAAACGAGAUGCGUUUUCUAACAUUAAGGCAAGGUACGAUUAUUCAUUUUAUUCCUGCGUGCACGAUUUAGAGACCGAAGGUUUCAAAACCUUACUGAAUUACCCCAAGGAUUUCAAUUUUGACCUGAUCAUUUUUGAUAUCAGUAAUGAGGGAUGUCUUUACCCAUUGAUCCAAAGAUUUAACAAUCCACCAGUGGUGGCAGUUACAACUUUCUUACUAUCACCUGCUCUGGCGCAUGUUUUUGGCAAUCCCAUGCAGGCCGCCUACUUCCCAUUUUAUAGUACGAAGCACACCGAUAGAAUGAUUUUUGCGGAAAGGAUGACAAAUUUUCUACUGAUUCACUUUGAGAUUCUAUACAGAAGGUACAUUAGUCUGCCAGCCGAGUUAAAAUUGGCAAAACAAUAUUUUGGUGAAAAUAUUCGAGAUUUUGAAGAGGUCGAACGAAAUAUGUCCUUAUUGAUAUGCAAUUAUGACCCCCUAUUAAGCUUUCCUUUGGCUUUGGCACCUAACAUCGUUCCAGCGGGGGGUUUGCAUAUUGAGCCCGUUAAGCCACUACCAGUAGACCUAAAAAAGAUUGUGGAGGACGCUCAAGAAGGUCUAGUUAUAUUUGCGUUGGGUAGUUACUUCAGGUCAGAUCAGUUGAGUAUUACUAAAAGAACUGCAAUAUUAGACGCUUUUGCAAAACUUCCCCAGACGGUGUUAUGGAAAUUUGAAAGUGAAAUAACUGAUCUUCCGAAAAACGUUUUUGUAAGGAAAUGGCUACCGCAAAAUGAUCUUUUAGGAAAUUGUAAAACGAAAUUGUUAAUUACACACGGAGGUGCACUGAGCACCCAGGAAGCGAUGUACCAUGGAGUACCAGUGAUCGUAGUUCCAUUCUUUAUAGAUCAGCAUGCAAACGGGGAAAAACUUGCUGAUAGACGUAUGGGAAAAGUAAGGUCAUCAACAAUCCCAUGUACAGUAAAAAUAUAAAACAAUUAUCACAACUGUACAGAGAUAGUCCAGACCAUCCAUUAGAACGAGCUGUUUAUUGGGUUGAAUUUGUGUUACGGCAUGGAACAGCGAAACAUUUUAAUUUAGCAUCGAGAGAUAUGUCGACAUAC